GAAGCCAGACUCUGAAUUGUAGGCGUGAUGAGGGCGUGUUGGGUGCAUAGUAGUGUUAGAGGCCUGCGAUGUUCUAGAGCUGGUGUCGUCAGCGUCAGGCCCAUCAUGGAUGCUGUGUCCGGGACCAGUAGUGCUCACACUUUCCGCCGAUGGUGCAUGCCCGAGCAACAUGUAGCGCAAAACAGGACUUCUUCCGCUACAGCAGUGUCUCCUACAUGCAUUCCGGACCUGGCACUCAGAGUCAACAGGCGCAAUGACAGAAUAAGUGCUGCAAAGCUGGUUGCAGUGCGGUGCAAAGAGACGCGCAGAGGUACCCAGGUUCAACCGCCGCGAUCGGAAGGUCCGAUGUCUGCUCUGUCAUUGCGGCCCUCGCCUGCCUCCGUCCUUGUCGGAGGGCCUCGAACAAGAGCGCUUGGAGCCACGUCGAACGGGGGUGUUUUGUGCGAAUUCUCUACGUCUUCGAACGGGACCACGGUGGCGAAGGGAGUUGACGGUGCACCUGUUGCUGAGGCCGAGGUCGCAGAGGUGGCGCUACCUACGAAGGAGGAGCCGAGGCAUUCCCACAUCGAAAUGCCGACGAUAACGGAGCAUCUGCCCUGGGCAAUCACACACACAACCACGGCAGCUGUGUGCGGGGAAACACUCCGCAUGGAGAACCCAAACAACAUGAACGUGCAAGCAGAGCAGAAUGCAGCCGCAAGUACCUCCGCUCCUUCGACAACUGCUUCGACUGCAGCAGCGCAGGCGCCACAGCAGAUCGCCUCCUGCUUUGGGCCCGCGCACACCUGUUCAACGCAAGAGGCUCCUACUCCUGCUCCUGCUGAUCUAAUAGCAGCAAGAGCUGGAACAGCAACAGGCGCGAACAUGACAGCCUCCGCAUCGCCUUGGCAGCAGCCAGUUGCUCUCGUGCUCUCAGCAGCACGAAUGAGCAUCGCAGCAGACGAGUCAACGCACACCAGCCAAGCAUCUCAGCUUGUGGUGGACGUGGUGGACCAGGAGCCCAGCACUUCCGUCGGCACGGAAGAGCGAUCCAAGCCGGCAGCGGGAGGAGCGCCGGUGGCAAACGAUGCUGCAUCCGGCGACGUGAUGUUUCCCGGAGAGACAGAGUGGGGAGAUGGGCUCGGCGGCGUUCUCUUUGGUACCCCGGCACAGAACAAGGGUAAGAGGAAGAAAGGGCAGCUGGAGUUGGAGCCGCCGAACUUCCCGAUCCCCGAGCUUGGUGGUGGAAGCCAAAGGAAGCGAUACCCUCUGAAGUUUAUGGUGGAUGCGGUGAGGUACUCACAGAGGAAGAUCAAGGGGGCGCAAGGGCCGAACGUGACUGUUGGGAUCACCUACGCGACCAGGAUCCUGAAGAUUCCCGACAACGCGACGUUGGCGGCUUGGGUCAAGAACGUCGCCAAGUACGAAGCCGCGCUGGCGGAAGCGGACACGUUCAAGGGAGGAGGGACGAGCGAGAAGAACGCCGACAUCCGCUUGUCGCUCAACGUCGGACGGAUCAGGACGCACGCGGCGGCCGAGCGUGGGGUCGUGGACUGGAUCAACGAGCUGCGUUCUGACGGCAUAUCCGCCCGUGUUUCGACGAAGACGAUCAAGACCGAGGCCGUCGAUUCAAUCCGAACUCUUUCGGGGAGAGGCCGGCGCCAUCCGAACUCCAGGGCUCCCUCAAGUGCAAGAACAGGCAGAACCAGUGGUGCAGAAGGUUUCUCAGAGUCUACCGCUUCUCUGUGCGAGCUGUCACCAGGCAAGGCCAGAAACUUCCUUUCUGGCUGGCCUGUGGUCGCCACGCUGGCGAUCAAGGAGUGGAGGAGGCUGAAGUACGACGUACCUUCCGCGCUCGAACUUGCGGACGGAGUCGAGUGCCUGGGGGUUGUGGCAGGGGCGGGAGGCAGCGCGAGCGGCAGCGGGGGUGGGAGUGGCGCUUGUGUUCUUUCGGGGCCGCGUCUCAAGUUCGCCGUGGCGCAGAUCGACAACAUGGGCGAAACCCCUACGUGGUUCGAGAGCCCGGGGAAGGACACUGUGAACGCCACGGGCGAGAAGGAGAUUGCCGUCAAAGCCGGCGGCGAGGAGAAGAUGCGCAUCACUUCGGUCCUGACGGUGUUCGCCGACGGCAGCAAGCUGCCGCCCCUCCUCAUCUUCAAAAGCCAGCUCUCUCCGAAGGGAAAGUCCCCCGCCGCCAACAGCAUCGAGCGCGAGUUCAAGAACUACAAGGACAGAAAGGGCUGCGCGUACCCGCGAGGUAUGGCCUACGCCGUGGACCCCAAGGGAUGGCACUCCCAGCGGCUGUUCGACGACGUUUGGGUGCCGCAGGUGUGGAACCGGCGCCCGGGGUGGCAAGGCCGCCUGGGCGGCUACCGUCAGCCUGACACGCCUCUGGCGUGGGACGACUACACCGUCCACAAGACCGACGCGUCUACCAAGGCGAUGGAGGAGUCCAACACGACGCUGUUCCCCAUCCCGGGAGGCCUGACUCCAAUCUCCAGCCGUGCGAUGGCCUGGUCAUCAAGAUCUUCAAGGCAAACAUGUCCAGGCUCUACAACGACCACGUGGCUUCCAAGAACGUCACGCGCAACGACCGCGGCUACCCGGAUCCCCCUUCGCGGGGCCUUCGACGGGUCGGAAGACGAGGCCUGGGCCUACAAGAAGCUCGGCUCCAACGCCAAGGGGGAGCCCAUCGGCGCGCCAUCGGACGCUGCGGACAAGGCUGACUCGUCGUCCCGAGGCGAGAACUUGCUGGAGGUGUUGUACAUCGGCGAUGAUGACGACGCGGGCGUGGUGGUGGUGGACGUGAGCGACGACGAGGGCGAGGAGCUGUGA